ACAACCCCCGAUUGCUACGCAACCUCCUCCUUCCCAGCAAAUCUCCGAUCCGAGCGAGAAUGGCCAAAUCAGCACGAGGCUCAGCUGAUAUUUGUUUCUUUAUCAACAUGACCAGCAAUAUCUUCCUUUUCCUUUGAGUUGGUGAAAAUGUCUCACCGGAAGUUUAGCGCCCCCCGCCAUGGAUCCAUGGGGUUCUACCCCAAGAAGCGGAGCAAGACUCAUCGCGGCAAGGCCAAGGCCUUCCCCAAGGACGACCCUUCCAAACCCGUGCACUUGACCUGCUUCUUAGGCUACAAGGCCGGUAUGACCCACGUGGUCCGCGAAAGCGACCGACCUGGGUCCAAGAUGAAUAAGCGAGAGAUCGUGGAGGCCGUGACCAUCAUCGAGACCCCGCCCAUGAUUGCCGUGGGUGUGGUGGGUUAUAUCGAAACGCCACGUGGCUUGCGCGCCCUCAAGACCGUGUGGGCUGAGCACAUCAGCGAAGAGUGCAAGCGACGAUUCUACAAGAAUUGGUCCAAGUCCAAAAAGAAGGCCUUCACCAAAGCCUGCAAGAAAUGGCAGGAGGAUUUGGGCAAGAAGGAGAUCGAGAAGGAGCUGAAUCAAAUCAAGAAGUACUGCUCUGUUGUGCGAAUCAUCUGCCACACUCAGCAAAAGUUGCUCCGUCGUCGCCAGAAGAAGGCUCACAUCAUGGAAAUCCAAUUGAACGGUGGAUCCGUGGCCGACAAGGUCGACUUCGCUCGCAAUCAUUUCGAGAAGGAAAUCCGAUGCAACUCUGUGUUUGCUCGUGAUGAGAUGAUCGAUUGCAUUGGUGUCACCAAGGGAAAGGGAUUCAAAGGUGUCACCUCCAGAUGGCACACCAAGAAGUUGCCUCGUAAGACGCACAAGGGUCUGCGAAAGGUGGCUUGUAUUGGAGCUUGGCAUCCUUCCCGAAUCCAGUUCACGGUUGCCCGUGCUGGUCAGAAGGGAUACCAUCAUCGUACUGAGAUCAACAAGAAGAUCUACGAUAUGCGUGACGGUUAUUACAAGAAGGGCGACAAGUUGAUCAAGAACAACGCUUCUACUGAUUACGAUUUGGCCGAUAAAUCCAUCAACCCCAUGGGUGGCUUCCCUCAUUACGGCGAGGUGAAGCAAGAUUUCAUCAUGAUCAAGGGCUGCUGCAUUGGGCCUAAGAAGCGUGUGUUGACCCUUCGCAAGUCGCUCUUGGUGCACACCAAGCGAUUGGCUUUGGAGAAGAUCAAACUGAAGUUCAUCGACACCAGCUCCAAGUUCGGUCAUGGUCGCUUCCAGACCCCACAAGACAAGAUGGCCUUCAUGGGACCUCUCAAGAAGGACAAGAUCCGACAGGCUGCCGCCGUUGCUGCCACUGGCACGGCUUGAAGUGUUGUCACAAUCACUUGUGUUGGUCUGUGAAAUACAGAGAUGGUUUAAA